AUGGUCCGUGAGAAGAAAGAACCACGUGUGAAGAAAGAGCGUAAGGGUAAGAAAGAAUCACGUAAGAAAGCAGCUGAGGAGAAAAAAGCAGUUGAAAAAGCUGAAGCAUUGGGAAACAUGUCGCAUGCUGAUCGUCUUGCUGAAGAUGGUAUUAUUGCUACUUGUUCACAUAAUGUACGCUCUGUACAUAAGAAUUUUAAAGAUAUUAAUGUGCUUAACUUUAGUAUUACAUACUUUGGAAAAGUCUUGAUGGAAGAUUGCGAUAUUUCACUGAAUUAUGGCCGUCGAUAUGGUCUCAUUGGUCGCAAUGGUUCAGGUAAAUCGACCUUUAUGAAUGUAUUGGGUGCACGUGGUAUUCCUAUCCCAGAAAGUAUCGACAUUUAUCAUUUAAAACAUGAAAUUGAAGCAAGUGAGAUGACGGCACUGGAAGCAGUUUUAUCUGUAGACGAAGAACGUAAUAAACUUCAAGCCGAAGCGGAUGAACUGUCGGAGCAAAUGACUGAUGAGUCAAUCAGUGAGGAAGAGAGUGAAGCCAUUUCAGACCGUCUAACGGACUUAUAUGAGCGUCUUGACGAAAUGGACGCGGCAACGGCCGAGGUCCGUGCACGCCAGAUUCUCUCAGGCUUAACGUUUUCAGACGCCAUGAUGGAAAAGAAGACCAAGGAGUUCUCAGGAGGUUGGCGUAUGCGUAUCGCUUUAGCUCGUGCUUUGUUUAUCCAGCCGACAUUGCUGCUGCUAGAUGAACCUACUAACCACUUGGACAUGGAGGCCGUUGUUUGGCUUGAGGAUUACUUAUCCAAGUGGAAGAAGAUUUUGCUCAUGAUCUCGCACUCGCAGGAAUUCAUGAAUGAGGUCUGCACGACUAUUAUUGACCUCACGAAUAAGAAGCUCGAGUACUACGCUGGCAAUUACGAUACGUACGUGCGUACGAAGGCGGAAAAGGAGGAAAACCAGAUGAAGCGUUACAACUGGGAGCAGGACCAGAUCAAACACAUGAAGGAGUAUAUUGCCAAGUUUGGUCACGGUUCUGCAAAGCUUGCUCGUCAGGCGCAGAGUAAAGAGAAGACACUUGCCAAGAUGGUGCGUGACGGUCUGACGGAGAAGGUUGAGCAUGAAUCAAUCGGUGACUUUAAGUUUCCCAAUCCAGAGCCACUGCCACCUCCAGUGCUAAUGUUUCAGAAUGUAUCAUUUGGCUACCCAAACUGUCCUCUGCUUUACUCUGGCGUGGAGAUGGGCUUGGACUUGGACUCGCGUGUCGCCCUCGUUGGUGCCAACGGUACAGGUAAGACGACACUAUUAAAGUUGAUAACGGGAGAUCUUGUGCCUGUGGCAGGCAACGUUCGGCCACACAGCAAGCUGCGUAUCGCGCGUUUCAGCCAGCACUUCGUCGAUAUCUUAGACCUGACUAAGACACCACUUGAGUACUUUCGGUCACUUUUCCAGACAAAGUCCGUCGAGGAGGUGCGCAGUUAUCUGGGACGUUAUGGUAUCACGGGUGACGUGCAGACGCAGGUUAUGGGUCAGCUAUCUGACGGGCAGAAAAGUCGCGUCGUGUUUGCGUACAUGGCCCAACAAAACGCACACAUGCUGCUGUUGGAUGAACCUACGAACCACUUGGAUAUGGAAUCGAUCGAUGCGUUAGCGCGUGCCAUCAACAACUUUGAGGGUGGUAUGCUGCUUGUAAGUCACGACAUGCGAUUGAUUUCGCAGGUUGCCAAGGAGAUUUGGCUUGUGGAGAACCAAUCUAUAAAAGUGUACCAAGGUGAGAUUUCGGACUUCAAGAUGCGUGUGCGCAAGCAGCUCAAGUUGGCGGACAAACCUGUCGUUCCUGCGGAAGCGUAA